AAAAAGGACUAAACUUGAAAUGUAUUCUGUUUGAAUCUCAUCUCUCUCUCAUUCUUUCUCAGGUCAGGGGUUUGCUUUCAAAAGGAAGGAGAAAAUAAAACAUGAAUACAACAAACUUCUUUGAAAAGAGAGGAAGAAAAUGCAAGCAUCAAAAAUCCAGUUAGAGAAGGAAUAUCCCGAGCAUCUGAGACAUCUAUACCUGGCUGAAAGACAACGACUAGAUGAAGAAGAACAAGAAAAAAAGAAGAAAAGAUGUAAAGGGAGAGCAGUAGAUGAAGAGACAGAGGCAGACGAUGAACUAAAAACAGUGCUGGAUUCUCCUUUCACUGAGAAACACAUCUCAAACACAACGACUGACAAAACUACUGCCUCUGAUUCAGCUAAUGAACCAGCUGAGUCUGACAGCUCCCACAAGACUCCAUUCAUCCAAAGAAAGCAGAAGCAGAAAAUGUCAUCGUAUCAGAAGACAAAACAAGAAUAUGAAAGGAUAAAGGAGGAACGAGCACCAAAAAGAGAGGAAUUCUUGAAAGACAAAGCUCAGCGAGAGGAGGCUCUGAAGAAAUACAAGGAGAAGAAAACAGCAACAUAUCAGUUGUUGAAAAGAAAAACCAAAAAGGGUCAGCCCAACCUUAACCUGCAUAUGGAGCUGUUGCUGCAAAAGAUUGAAGCUCAGCGCAAAUAAUUCAGUAUCAUCCAUAAAAUCAGACUGUAAUCACACAAUAAACUGUGCAGGUUUUUUUUUUUUUUUUUUUUUUUUUUUUUUUUUGGUGUACCUCAAGGAUGUGUCUAGUAUACUUUUGCAUACCUUUUUCUUUCCCAGUAAUAUUUCUUGUAAGUAAAUAAAAUAUUAAAUUAUACUCUUCUUAAGUUAAUUCAAGCUAACAGUACAGAACUAAUGCUAUGACAGUAAGCUUAUGGAAAAACAUGAAGCUUUAUAAUAUCUAUUAUCUGGUAAAUCUAUUUUUAUCAUUAUAUUUAUGGUAAAUAAUGCUGUCAGCAGCCUAAAAGUACAGCAGUGCCUUAAAAUACUUUCUUAAACAUUUAUAGCAUAACUUUCUUCUUUUCUCUAACGACUCUUUUAAAAGUAUUUUUGUGACAUGAUGAUGGAAUGAUAUCUUUUGUUUAUUAGGUGAAAAGCAUUGAUAUCAAAAUAGUAAUAAAAGACCAAAUGCUAAAAUACAAAUAUUUAAAUCUGUUGAUACUGAAUUUUGCAAAGCAUCUAACUUUUCA